UAAUGAAUAACAAUUAAUUCUAAACUAGAUAAUGGGAAUAAUAAUAUGCCAAACAUAAAAGGUCUGUUGAACGAAUUGAACAUAGAAAUUACAAAUUCCCUGAUCAGGUUGAAGAAAUAAUAUAAAGAUGUAAAAAUAUAACUUCCUAAUCAAGAGAAGGACGCAAAUAAAAAAGUUUAAAAUAGUCAGAAUUUCAAAUAAAAGGAAGUACUUUCAAGAAUCACAGCUUCCAAUCUUAUAUUAUCAAAGAAACUAUAAGAAAUAGAAAAGAGAAGGCAAGUCAAGUUUAUGUAAUAUAAAUUAUUCAAUUUAAGUGAUGCUCCAAUACGAUUGUCUACAAAAUCUCUUAGAGAAGAAAACUAUAAUAAAAUUAAAGUUGAAAAUCAUAAGCAAUUUGAAAGAAUUACUUAAGUUAAAGGCACACUACAAACUUAAUGA